AUGUCGGUUCUCACAAGCGCACCGGAUCGGGACCUACAUGUUCUUGAAGAAAAGCAGCCGCAUUCUCUGGGCAAGCCACACGAUGCCCAUAUAGAAACAAUUUCGCAACGCCGGCCCUCUUUCCACUUAACCGCGCCCCAUGGGUGGCUUAAUGAUCCUUGUGGUCUUGGAUAUGAUCCUGCAACCGGAGUAUAUCAUCUCUCCUUCCAGUGGAAUCCAUACGGUAACGACUGGGGUCACAUCUCCUGGGGCCAUGCUACCUCUUCAGACCUUGUUUUGUGGAAGAUAUCGUCGCAUCCGGUCUUGACGCCGUCUGCUGAAUAUGACCGUUGUGGCGUCUUCACAGGAUGCCUACGAGCAACUGAUAUUUACGGGCAGCCUAAGGCUCUCACAAUGGUUUACACCUCUGUGAGGCGUCUUCCCAUCCAUUACACGUUGCCGUACGUCCGUGGUUGCGAGUCUCUUAGUUUAGCGGUCUCGCAUGAUAAUGGGGAGACGUGGCUGCGACAGGAUUGUAAUCCUAUCUUGACGGGUCCGCCUGAAAAUAUCCAAGUGACUGGAUGGAGGGAUCCGUGUCUUACAGCUUGGAGUGGAAGCCAACAGCAGCAGAACGAUUCACCAAUUCUGUACGGAUUUAUCUCGGGCGGUAUUACGGGAAAAACUCCCACUAUCUUCGUCUACGCCGUCCAGCCCACCGACUUGCGGAAAUGGAAAUACCUCGGUCCUUUAAUUGAUGUCGGAUUGAAUUUCAGUCCAUCGCGUUGGUCGGGUGAUUUCGGCGUGAAUUGGGAGGUUGGCAACCUCAUGACUCUGGCAGAUAUUGCCGGCGUGUCUCGAGAUUUUGUCAUAAUGGGAACUGAAGGGUGUCUAUCUUCCAGUCUUCACAAGGAUCCCAAUUCAGCUUGGCACCGGCGUGUUGCGCGCGCGCAACUUUGGAUGUCUGUCAAACCCAAAGAAUGCAAGAACAUCACCGAUGAUACAUUGACAACAUAUGCGUUUUCUGGAAUCUUCGAUCACGGCUGCUACUACGCCGCGAAUUCCUUCUGGGAUGUUCAGGCUUCGCGGCAGAUUGUGUUUGGAUGGAUUACGGAGGAAGAUCUUCCUGAUACCCUCCGCCAUCGACAGGGAUGGAGCGGCCUGAUUACACUUCCACGGGUGGUGGAGUUGAGGACGAUACAUCAUGUUAUUAAAGCGCGCAGCUCGAAGUUGGACUCCAUCACCUCGAUUGAAGUCGUGCCUAGUUCGUCCAGGUCUGACACAGUCAUAAUUCGUACUCUCGGAAUACGCCCUGAUCCACGACUUGGGCGACUUCGAGAGGGUGCACGGAAGAGCCAAUUGAGAAGCAUAUCUUUGCCUAUUCUCAGCGACGGUAUCUCUACCAAUAUGCCGUUGACAACAUCUCGAUGGGAACUGGAUGCCGAAUUCUCUGUCAGUCAAAUGUGUGAGCGUGUUGGCAUCGAGAUUGCACAUAGCUCCGAUUUCAAGCACUGCACCACCCUCUCUUGGAACCCUCAGGAUGAAACAUUCACAAUUCGCCGUCCCCAGCCUGCCAGCGACAAUAUCAACCAUGGAUUCGAGUCCGCACCACACACACUUUUCACGUACUUGAACGAACAGGGAGAGGAACAAGAAGAGUCUCUCCGUGUACAUGCCUUCUUCGACAGGAGCGUGUUGGAGGUCUUCCUCAAUGGCCGGACAGCCAUCUCAACUCGAAUCUAUCAUCCAGCGGACCGGUGUUACAGGCUCCGAUUCUUUGCAAACUCAAUACAUGAUGACCCGCAACCGGCCGCGGUUCUUGUCCGUGGUGAGUCGUGGGACGGGCUUGGCGUAUAA